UUCAGUCAAAAAGACGAAAUUCGUGUUUCGCGCCGACUUAAAAUCCUUCUUCAAACCAUGAAUAUGUUCUAUGAAUACGGGGGAAGUGCAAUUUUCAGGAACUUGAGUGCGGGUUCGAUUCCCGCUCAUGGUAAGUCGUUAUAUGGAUAAAGUAUAGCAGUUACUUUUAUAAGAGAUAUAUUUUUGAGGUGACCUUGUCUGCAUAUGCUGAUAGAAUCAUAAAUUAUGAACUAGAAUAAUCAUUUCAUCAUCAUUUUUCAAAAUCUGAAACUGAUAGAUAUCUUUAGGGCGCUACGAAAGUUGAUCUAUGCACAUAAAAAUAUUAAAUGACCAUAGCGGAAAACCAUCGGAAAACAUAUCUUUUCUGUCAGUAGCAAUAAUAAUAUUCUAGUCUAUGUGUCAGUUCUACUUCAACCGUCACCAACAAAACAAUGAACCCCUUUUCGGUUCUUCUGUCAAAACAAACUCUAAACUACCCAGGCGAACCGCAUUAUCUUCGAAACAGAGCUGAAAGUGUCGACACAAUAAUAAAGAACAUCAGGAGAAGCCACUGGGUGAUGGCCCGGCCCAUCCCUGACCUGAACAAGGUGUCUAAACUAUCGGAGCCCGCGACUAUAGACGGACGUAGUAAGACGAUUCUAGCUCACGAGGAAGAUAUCCCCUACUUUGAAGGGGUUUGUCGCAAGAAGUCGAAUAAUAGUCUUGUUUUAGGCACAUUCUCGGGAUGGCUGGCCGGUGUUGCCAUCGUAAAAAUAGGGAAACUCGCCGCGUUCGGGCUCGGCGGAGGGGUGAUUCUGCUGCACUUCGCCAGUGAGAGUGGCUACAUCGACGUGCACUGGGAGAAGGUCAAGGCCACAGCUGCAGAAUCGCCGCGCGCGCUCGACCGUUGCCUGCGUCUAGCCAGAGACAACAGCUGCUUGUCUAUGGGCUUCCUCGGCGGGUUUUUCUUCGGUGUUGCCGCAACGUUGAAGUAGAAUUUCUUGUUCUUUUUUUGAGAAAUUAUACACUGUUUUUGUAA